CCACAACCACCCCAGCCCAACCACAUUCACCAACCUCGAACUGAAAUGGCAGAGACUCAACCUGAUGCACCGCAAAUCAUCGAAGCUGACGAUCCUGGGUCGGGCAGUGACGAUGAGUCGGCUUACGGAUCUGGAGUGCCAAGCGACACCACUUCCCUUGCAUCGGAGGUACGGGCAUACGUAUAUGAGAAUGGCCGCCAAUACCAUGCAUACAGCCAAGGUCACUAUUGGGCUCCCAACGACGGGAAACAAAAUGAGCAAUUAGAUAUCUUCCACCACGUUUAUUCGCUCGUGCUGGACGGAAAUCUCCAUCUCGCUCCUAUAGGAGAACAUCCUCAAAAAAUCCUGGAUAUCGGAACCGGAACUGGGAUCUGGGCAAUUGAUAUGGCAGACGCUUAUCCCAGCGCUCAAAUAAUCGGAAAUGAUUUAUCUCCCAUUCAACCGAGCUGGGUCCCUGCAAAUUGUCAGUUCGAAGUAGACGAUUUCACAAAACCCUGGACAUACUCCCGCGAUUCAUUCGACUUUAUCCACGCCCGUGGGAUUUAUGGCUCUGUGGGGUCAUGGCCUAUCCUUCUUCGCGAAGCAUACUCCAGAAUUAAGCCUGGUGGAUGGUUCGAAUCUGUGGAGACUACAGUUGGAUACUAUCAUGACGAUGGUCCCCGUGGCGAGGGACAAUUAAUUCCCAAAGAUAACCCGGUUUACAAAUGGUGCCGGCUUGGCCUUGAGGCUGCGGAGAGGAUUGGGAAGCCGUUUGAUGUUGCCGGGAAAGUUGAUGGGUGGUUGGAGGAUGUUGGCUUCAUAAAUGUCACGCAGAAGGAGUAUAAAGUUCCUACAGGGGCUUGGCCGAGAGAUGCACACAUGAAGGAUAUCGGAAAGUACAAUCUGCUGAAUAUGUUGGAGGCAAUUGAGGGGUUUACUAUUGCGCUUUUCACUCGUGUUCUUGGGUGGAGUCUGAUGGAAACUCAGGUCAUCCUCGCGCAGGUGAGGACUGAGCUCACCGACAAACGGAAUCACUUUUACUUCAAGAUGUACGUUGCAUAUGGUCAAAAGCCUGAAAUCACUGAGCAGGAGGAGGGGGGUUGAUUUAGCGCUAGCCUUCUUUGAAUGAGAAAUGUUUAUGACGCUCCCAUUUACAAGCCCAAUAGUCGGCCGCCUGGAUCAAUUGUGUUGUGCGUGUCCUUCUCCCGUAAAAGUUUCAUUUCGUAAAAGUCAGGUUAAUGCUAGUGCGGGGUUUGUCUAAUCACCUCGUGGUAUUUGCUUGAAUUGUGGCGAUUCGGGAGCCCUCUCGUUGGCCGGUUGUCCGUGGUUCCAGUACUACUUUUAGGAAAACGAUACGGUAAUAGAAAGGAUAAUUGUAUGUUAUGGCUUCUGUGGAGUCGCAGUCACAGGAAUAAGUGGAGUUCA